AUGGGAAAAUUCGUCCCAAGGCAACGAAAGCACAAGGUGCUCGCUCGCGAGAGGGCCAAGGAGAACGGCACCAUCCCCCAGGACUCGAAUGCGGAUGAGAUUCUCCCCGAAGACCAGAAGCGUCUCCAGGAAAAGAGAGCGCAGCUCAAGGCCGAAUUACAAGGAGACGGUGCCAAGGCCAGCGGCAAGAAGGCGAAGCGGUUGGAAAAGUACAUCACCAAUAAGCUUCGCAAAGAUGAGAAUCGCGAAAUCCUCGCCAAGCUCGCGCAACAAAAGGUCGACACGAGCCUGUUCACGAGCACCAAAACUCUCGGUCAGGGCAAGGAGUCCAAACGCCAGGCUUUGACGAGGGCGUUGCGGGAGAAGAACGCCGGGUUGGCAGUCGACGCGGAUGCAGAGGAGCUGCUUUAUGAGGAGAGAGAGGAGGCCCCCGAGGUGGAUUCUGACGACAGCGAAGAUGAGACUUCAAAGGCACCCAAGUCGCAAGCUCCCAAGGCCACAGUCAAGGCACCUGCGCCGGUAUCAGCAGCGAAAGCAAAGUCAACACCGAUCUCGCCUCCACAAGCACUAGCACCUGAACCGACACCUACACCUGCACCUACAUCAAAGCCGGAACCGCAACCCGCCGCAUCUAUAGGCUCUGGUCUGAAGCGUCCAUUAGAUGUCGAUGAUUCGGGACGGCCGGUGCUUCAGAAGCGUCAAAAGAGAGGUGGCGUAACCUCCAAAUUCUCCAUUGCUGAACCAGAGAAAGCGAAGGAUGCAGAGGACGAAUGGAACGGCCUGAGCGAUGAUGCAGAGGACAAAUCAAGCGAUGAGGAUGACAAUUCAGCCGAGGAAUCUGAAGAAUCAAGCGAAGGCUCCGGAGAGUCUGAGGAAGACAACGAAGAUGAAGACGAAAGCGAGGACGAUGAAGAGUCUACCAGCACAAGGCAGUCUGCCUUCAAGGCCUGGGCUCUUGCGCAAAGAAACGAGGCCCUUGGUUUUGAGGGAACAACAGCGGCCUCCACAGCACUGGAAAUUCCUAGACCAGAGAAUUUUGAGCCACGCCCGCUUGAGCAGGAACCGCUGCCUCAGGAACUACAGCCGACAACAAACCUUGCACGCAAGGCAUACGCUGUCGCUGUGACGAGAACGCCAGAGAUCCAGGAAGUCCGCAUGAAACUGCCGGUGGUCGCUGAGGAACAGAAGAUUAUGGAGAUGAUUCACAAUAACGACAUUGUCGUCGUAUGCGGUUCUACAGGUUCCGGUAAGACGACUCAGGUGCCGCAAUUCUUGUAUGAGGCUGGGUACGGUUCUCCUGGCUCUGCUACUCCGGGCAUGAUUGGCGUCACGCAGCCCCGACGAGUUGCUGCCGUGAGCAUGUCAAAACGUGUUGCGCAAGAAUUAGGCGACCACUCGGACAGAGUCGGAUACCAAAUUCGAUUCGAGGGUACAGCUUCGGCCAAGACGGCCAUCAAGUUUAUGACGGAUGGUGUGUUGCUGCGAGAGAUGGGGCAAGACUUCUCUCUGAAGAAAUACUCGGCAAUCAUUAUCGACGAAGCUCACGAAAGAAGUGUCAAUACAGAUAUCCUCAUUGGAAUGCUGAGUCGUAUCAACAACAUUCGCAAGGGCGACGACAAGGUCGAUCCCUCGAUCAAGCCACUCAAGAUCAUCAUCAUGUCCGCGACGCUAAGAGUCGAAGACAUGACCAACAACACCACACUAUUCCCCACCCCGCCUCCUGUGGUCGAAGUCGAAGGAAGACAACAUCCUGUCACGAUCCAUUUUGCAAGGCGGACACAGUCUGACUUCGUCGAGGAGGCCUUUAACAAGAUUAUGCGUGGUCACAGGAAGCUACCGCCAGGAGGCUUUUUGGUAUUCCUUACCGGUCAAAAUGAAAUUAGGUAUCUGAGCAAGCGCCUGAGGGAAGCAUUUGGUGGCUUUACCGAAGCUAGCGCACCCAAGGUCCAGAUCUCAGCCACCGAUGCGCCUAUGGAAGUCGAAGAUAUCGACUUUGGCGAGGUUGACGAUGCCAUCGGUGCCGACAUCGAUGACGGCCUCGAUGAGGAUGAGGACAUGGAGCACGAGGACGAUAAGGAGUUCGAAAUUGAAGGAGAGGAGGGAGAAACGGGACCCAUGAAGAUGCAAGUCUUACCCCUUUACUCUCUCCUGCCGACUAAGGAGCAGAUGAGGGUAUUUGAGGAUCCCCCCGAAAAUCAUCGUCAGGUCAUCCUGGCAACCAACGUUGCGGAAACCAGUUUGACGAUUCCGGGCAUCCGUUACGUCUUUGACUGUGGCCGCCAGCGUGCCGGUCGUGCCGGUCGUACGGGGCCCGGUCACUGCUACAGACUCUACUCCUCAGCCGUGUACGAGAGAGACCUGCCCGAGUUCACGGACCCCGAGAUCCUGCGGAUGCCCGUCGAUGGUGUCGUGCUCCAGCUCAAGGCGAUGAACCUCUCCAACGUCGUCAACUUCCCCUUCCCGACGCCGCCGAACCGUAUGGGUCUCCGCCAGGCCGAGAAGCUGCUCACCUACCUCUCGGCCAUCGCGCCGGAAGGCCAGAUUACAAAAAUCGGAUCGACAAUGUCCAUCUUUCCGCUCUCGCCCCGCUUCGCCCGCAUCCUCCUUGUCGGCCACCAGCACGACUGCCUACCGUAUACCAUCAUGAUGGCGAUCCCCUCCCUCGAGGCGCGCGACGAGUCCGAGUUCCGCCGCACCGCCGACAUCAUCGCCGAGGAUCGCCAGGCUAAUAUCAGACGCCUCUUCAACGCUGCGCACAAGAACUUCUGCUACCUAGACGACAGGUCCGACGCCAUCAAGCUCCUGCAGGACCACUUUGUCCGCUAUAAGGUCAUGAAGGAGGUGACGCAGCUGCGCCAGCAAAUCACCGAGCUCCUCCGCGCCAACAUCCCCGCCUUCAAGAACCUCAAAUACCAGGACCGGCUCGACGCCCCCUCGGACAAGCAGGUCGCCUACCUCAAGCAGAUGGUGGCCGCCGGCUUCAUCGACCACGUCGCCCUGCGCGCCGACAAGGCCCCCGUGCCGCCCGAGGUGACGCGCAAGCCCGGCCGCGCCAUCGACGUGCCCUACAUCCCGCUCUCGCCGCUCGGCGUCGGCCACGGCGCGGAGAAGUACAUCUACAUCCACCCGACGUCGUCGCUCGCCCACCUCAGCCCGGCCGAGUGCCCCGAGUUCGUCGUGUACUCGCAGCUCCAGCGCGCGACGCAGGGCGCCGACGUGAACAAGACGCCCAAGACCAGGAUGCUCGCGCUCACGGACGUCACGGGCGGGCAGCUCGCGAGCUUGGCCAAGGGCACGCCGCUCGUGAGCUACGGGAAGCCGGUCAAGGAGAUUUCGUCGACGGCGAAUACGCGCGAGGUGUGGGUUGUGCCGUACCUCAGGGCCGAAGGGGUCGGUGGUCAGGGGUGGCCGUUGCCGAUGAAGAAGGUCGUGCAGCGCAGGGUUGCUGGUAAGGGAUGGAUUGAGAUGAAAAUGACACUCUUCUCAGGCGUCGCCGUCGUCACCGGCGCUGCUUCAGGCAUCGGCCGCCAGGUGGCAAUCUCGUUCGCCCGUGAGGGUUGCAAGCGCAUCGCUCUGCUCGACAGAGACGAGGACGGCGCGCUGGAGACGGCUCGCAUGUGCCGGGAGGCCAACGGGGAGACGCGCACUUUUGUCAUGGAGAUUGACAACCGCAACGACGAGGACAUUGCUUCGUGUAUGGAGAAUGUUGUCGAGGAAUGGGGCCGGAUCGAUUAUGCAGUCAACUGUGCUGGCAUGUUUGGACCAAAGGCACCGUCACACCUCCUGACGCCCGCCGAGUUUGACGAGAUCACCAAUAUCAACUACCGCGGCACAUGGCUAUGCUCACGAGCGGAGCUCACGCACAUGAUUAAGCAGGAAUCCAUGAAGACGCACGACGGCAGACCAGGGAACCGGGGGGUCAUUGUCAAUGUUGCGAGUAAUCUCAGCCUGGUUAGCCGGCCAGAGACACCGGCCUAUAACGCUUCCAAGGCGGCUAUCUUGAGUAUGACGAGAAGCGAUGCCAUCGAUUAUGCAAAGUACAAUAUCCGCGUCAACUGCGUGUGCCCAGGGAUCAUUGACACGCCAAUGACAAGCGAAGUCUCAUCAGACGAUCCCAUGAUCGCAGUAGCGCCAAUGAAGCGGAAAGGAACGCCGCAAGAAGUUGCCGAUGCCGUCUUAUUUCUCUGUAGCUCCAAGGCAUCCUUUAUUCACGGCGCCUCAUUAUCCGUCGACGGCGGCUACGUUAUCAACUAA